AGAAGCGCGAAAAAGAAGACAAUUAAAAUACAUAAUAAAUAACCACUCGCUCCCAUCUCAUGGAACACUUGCCUCUCUUCUCUCAAACAACCUCCCCCAAUCUCUCUCUCUCCUCUCUCCCUCUCCCUCUCCCUCUCCCUCUUCGAUCAUUCAUGGCGAGCUCUACCUAAUCGCAAGGCGAGUACCAGUAGAAAAAUGAAGAAUUUUGAAGAAAAACUCGGAAAAAUUUGAGUUUUUUUUUUUUUGUUUGAAGGUUUUUAGCAGAGGAUAUGAGGUCCUCUCACUUGACCUCCAAGCACAAAAUGGGGGGUAGGGUGAUGAACAGCCAGCAGACCAUUUUUGAGCUCAAGCACAGGGUGUUGUUCUCUCUUAACAAGCUUGCAGACCGGGAUACUCACCAGAUUGGUGUGGAGGAGCUUGAGAAGAUCACCGAGAGCUUAACCCCGGAAGGGAUUGCCCCUUUCCUGUCUUGCAUUGUGGAUACUGACGCUGAGCAGAAGAGUGCUGUCCGGAAGGAAUGUGUUAGGAUCAUGGGCAGCUUAGCAAGGAUUCAUGGGUCUCUUUUGACCCAGCAUAUUGGUAAGAUGGUUGGAAGCAUUGUUAAGCGUCUCAAGGACGCGGACUCUGUUGUAAGGGACUCUUGUAUUGAGACUGUUGGGGUUUUGGCCACAAAUAUUAGAAGCCCUGCUUGUGCAGAUGGUAAUGGAGUUGUUUUUGUUGCACUGGCAAGGCCUUUUUUUGAAGCUUUGGGUGAGCAGAACAAGUAUGUGCAGUCUGGUUCUGCUUUGUGCCUGGCCAGGGUUAUUGAUGAGGCUAGCAAUCCACCUUUGGCAUUGUUGUCACAAAUGCUGGCUCGUGUCGUUAAGUUGCUUAAGAAUCCACACUACAUGGCCAAGCCUGCUAUCAUUGAGCUGAUCAGAAGCAUUCUUCAGGCUGGAGGUGCUACCACAGAGCAUGCUUUAUCUGCAGCAGUGAAAGGCAUUCUGGAGACGCUCAAGAGUAGUGAUUGGACAACACGAAAAGCUGCUUCUGUGGCACUAGCAGGUAUUGCUUUAAGUACAGGGUCAUUGUUGGGGCCCUUCAAGACCUCUUGCCUACGUUCCCUUGAGUGUUGUCGUUUUGACAAGGUGAAACCAGUGAGAGAUGCCAUAAUUCAUGCCAUACAGUGUUGGAGAACUCUUCCAGGGGCUGAUUCUCCUGAACCUUCAGAAGCUGGAUCAUCGACAAAAGAAAAUUUUAUUGGAGACUUCACUGAUGUUGGCAGUGUCAGUGAUGGCGUAUGGAGAGAUGCUUCUUUCAGGAAAGUUGGCUCAGUCCUAAGUGGCAACUCAACUGCUUUGACAAAGAAAAGAACACCUUUAACUGCCCGGGAAGCAUGUGGAAAUUAUGUGCCCAAACAGCAAAAGAUAAAGCCAGAUGAUUGGCAUAUUGAGAUUACACUUCCAAAGACCCAUAAUAUGCCAUUGGCCAAUGAUCAUCACAAGGAACCAAAAAGAAGCUGCAAUGCAGAUGCUUUGGUGAGAAUAAUUGAUCCAAAGGGGCAUGAUGAUUAUGACUUGGCGGAUGAGAAACCUGAGUGUUCCUCAGUCUCUGAUCUUGUUAAUGCUAGCUUUGAGACCAAGCAUGUCACUGUUACCAAUGGCUGUCUUGAGGAUGUUGAUUCAGCCAAUAUGGUUAGAAUGAAUAGAAGGUCAGCCAAAGAAGAGAUUGAUCCUGAAAGCAUUAUGAUGCAGGAGCGCAAGAGUUUGGACUCCACAGUUACAGAUUUUUGCUCACAGACAAUGCAUGGAUGCUGCCUUCACACAGCAAAUGAAUUAGCCUUCAUCAAAAAACAACUUUUAGAAAUUGAAGCGAAGCAGUCAAACUUGCUAGAUCUCUUGAAGGUCUUCAUGGGGAACUCUGUGGACAGCUUAUCAGCAUUGCAAUUUCAGGUGCAUAACCUUGAGAAUGCAAUAGAAAAAAUUGCCCAGGGGACUACUCCAAGUGAGAACUAUCCAAGCAUAGCCAGCUCUAAACUGACCAGAAAUCAAAGUGUCUCAUCAUCCCCUCGGCUCUCUAACUGCACACCCAGGCCAUCUGUAGAUAUUAAUUACAGACAACCUUCAUUGCUUUCUGCAAGAAAUAGGGAAAUGUGGGGAGAGAAUGCAUGCUCAAACAGCAGGUCCCGCAUUUCAACGAAAGAAGAUGUGGAGUUAUGGAAGGAUUCCUCAGUAGAUGUAGUUAGAAAUCCAAUAGUCAAAGGCACUAAAAAGAGCUCAGGAAGGAGUGCUAUAUUCUCAGGAAGUGGUCAAGCAAGAGAUAGUAAGGAUCUUCUUCCUACUUCAGCUCGCAAUGUUAGUUCCAAGUUAAGUAACUUGGAAUGUAAGGCUAGUUUUUGGAAACGAAUCAAGGAAUUCCUAUGCAAGGGGGAUGUGGAGUCUGCAUAUGCUGAGGUUCUCUGUUCUGGUGAUGACCGAGGCCUAAUUGAGCUCAUGAAUAGAACUGGCCCUGUCCUGGAAAGAUUGUCAUUGGAGAUGGCAGAUGAGAUUCUUUGUACUCUGAUUCCACACCUCGUCGAUCAGAAGUUUAUGGUAUCUCUAAUCCCGUGGUUGCAACAGAUGGUGAAUAUGAGCGCUGCUCGUGAAGCCAGGCGUCUUGUUCAGCCUACAAAAGCCCGCAUAGAGUUCUUGGUAGCAUUUCAAGAAGCAGUCACAGUUGAACUCACUGAUCCGGCCUACAGAAUAUCCAUGGCACAACUGGCAGCAAAACUAAGCCAAAUCUGGAGUGAGGCAGCUUGCAGGAAGCUACCUCUGCCAACGUGAUCACAGACAAGCAAAUACAUGAUGGUGUCCAAGUCCAAUUGGAAAGAGUGAUGGUUGCCCAGUCAGGAGUAUAUCCUCAAAAUUUGACUUGAUGCUGCAUUGCUUGCUAUCUGUUUUGGCCAGUAUUUCUUGGUGGCUGCAAUGUUCUGCAUG